AUGACAGCGAGCCUGUGCGUGCUAACGCGCUUCAACAAGCCCUGGUGCAAGGGCUUCCUCGAGAACAUCUACCGCGUCAUUUCACUGUGUGUUGUGCUGGUGCCUUUUCCUGUGCAGAAGCGUGUGCUGGUUGUGGGUGCGGGCCCUGCUGGCCUAUCGGCAGCGCGGCAUCUGCACCGGCUGGGCAUGCAGGUGACGGUGCUCGAGGCCUCGGACCGUAUUGGGGGGCGAGUGCGCGACGACACAUCCUUCGGCGUAUGCGUCGGCAUGGGUGCCCAUAUCGUCACAGGCGUCACCAACAGCCCCUUGACGACGCUGUGCCUGCAGUCUGGCCACGGCAUGCGGCUCAUUCGCGACCACUGUGGCCUGUACACAACGGUGGGGCACAUGGUGCCGACAGAGUGCGACCGCCGCGUUGAGUUCCACUUCAAUGCCAUGCUGGAUGCCGUGGCACAGUGGCGUCUGGGACAGACCAAGGACAUCUGCAUCUUCGACAAACUCAUGGAAAUGCACCAGAGCUUCCUCAAGGACACACAGAUGGAGUUCAGUGACUGGGACCAGAACGAGCGGUUCCCCCAGUUCAGCGGGCAGCACGCCCUCGUCCCGGACGGCUUUCGGCUGUCUCCUGCAGGCCCUGGCCGAAGGUCUCGGCGUCCGCUAUGGCCACAAGUCGUCGGCUGCGAGGCCUCACUCCAGAGCUCACCGCCUCGCAGGAACCCGCCCCAAGGCGCCGCUUACCCCUACCAAUGGCUAUGGAAAGAGCACUUCACCAACGAUGCCGACAGUACGAUCGUUUGUCCGGCAGUGCCCAAAUUCAUGCCGCCGCCAUGA